AUGGGGAACUGUUGCUCCGCGAUCAAGGCGCGUCUCGCGCGCGUUCGCGUCCGCGCGGCGUGUCUACAACGCGCGAAAGAAAUUCGAAAAGAAUUCGGCGCGCCCGAGCUCCCGCCCGACGUCAAAGACGCGAUCCAACGCGGCAAAGAGAUCGAGCUCGAGGUGAACAAGAUCCGCAAGCAGAUGGAAAAAUACGGGAAACAAAACACGACGGUCAAGAUUCGCCUGAACCGCUACAGCGAGCGCCUCGCUAAGCGUCAGAAGGCGACGCCCACGGUCGCGCAGGUCAAGCUCGACGCCGUCGCGAACCGAUGCAACGCGAUCACGCUCUUCGCGGGGGAGUAUCUCCUCGCCGUGGACGGCGACUUCACGCGUCAACUCGAGGACGCCGAGCGCGUCUGCAAAGACUACGCCAAACGCCGAGACGUCGUCCGCGUCGCGCAGGCCAAGCUCGCGGACGAGCUGAAGAAGCGCGGGCAGUACGAGAAGAUGCUCGACAAGGCGAAUCGCGCGGAGACGGAGAUCGAGCUCAAGGCGAAGUCCGCGCCCGUGGAUCAGACGGAGGAGGAGCGACAAAAGAUGACGGCGCGAAAGGCGGAGCUGAUGCAGACGACGGAGGAGUACCGCGUCAAGGUGGAGAACGCGGAGAAGGACGUGGCGCUCGCGGAGGAGGAGUUGAGCGUCGUCUCCACCGAGUGCGUGGACGCGCUCGGGCCGAUGAAGGACGCGGUGAACGCGUGCUUGAAGGCGGCGGUGAAACGCAUCAACGCGGACGUCGCGCGGCUGACGAGGAAGACGACCAAGGCGUGCCGCGAGGGCAUCUUCGAGGCGUUGGAUACGCUCUCGUUCGACGACGACGACGACGACGACGACGACGGUUCAGACGACGAAACGUCGCCCUCGGAUGUCAACGCCGACGGCGACGGCGGCGAGGACGCGGACGUCGUCAAGCGAGACCCGCCGACGCCGUCGUCCGUCGCGCCGACGGAGACGGCGACGGAGACGGAUUCCCCGGCGGCGCGCAUCGCGCCCGCGGAGAAGAAGAAGAAGGCUGCGCUCGCGCGUCUCUCCUCGCGCAAGACGGGCGUCAAGGCGAAGAACUGGAUGUCGUCCACGUUCAGCGGGUUCAACGUGAAGGUGAAGACGCGGGCGACGCUGCACAACAGCAAGGUGAAGAUGGCGAAGUUGCGCGGCGUCGACCUCGCCGGUUUCUUCGACGCGUUGGAGCCUCUCUCGCGCGGCCACCGCGAGGACGUGAAGACGAUCCAGAAGGUGGUCUUCCGUCUGAAGGACUACGCGUGCAAGGACUCGCCGUCUGGACCGGUUCCCGCGACGAAGCGCAUCUCGAAGAUGCGCGACGCGCUGAACGCUUUGAAAGAGAUGGGCGCCGCGGGCGACGACGUGUGCGAAGACUUUUCCUCCAUGGCGACCAUCGCCGCGGCGCGGGAUAAGACCCUGGAGACGCUCGGCGCGGAGUGCGUUCCCGCGCUCGAGGCGCUCGCGGACCGCGCGGAGAAGAUCGUGCUGGAUUUCUACGACGUUCGCGCGCUCGCGCUCGACCUCGCGGUCGUGGAGCACGACCUUCACAAGGCGAAGACGGCGGAGGUGAAGCCCGAGAAGGCGAACCAAGAAGACGGGCUCAAGCGCGAGAAGAAGAUCCAGGAUCUCACGGCCGCCGCGGAGAAGAUCCGCGCCGAGCUCGGGACCGCGAUGACCGCGCUCGCGCCCAUCAUGAAGGGCGACGACGACGAGAUCUUCCCCGAGGACGCGUGCGAGCCGCACAACUUGGACGCCGGCGGCGUCGCCGACGCCUUUGGCUUUUUGAACAACACCGGCGUCGUCGCGACGCUCGCGAACGUCCUCGACGACAAGUUCUUGCAGGUGUUUCCCUCCGUCUUCGGGGACGCGUACACGACCGACGCCGCGGCGGCGGAGACCGCGAAGGCGAAGCGCGCCGCGCACGUCGAGGCUGUCGCGGCGAACGUCCAGGCGAUUCGCGCGGACGCCGUCGCGGUGCGAAAGGCGUCGACGCUGAAGCGUCAAAAGUCAAACGCGGACGCGGACGCGGACGCGGGCGCGGGCGCGGAGGAGAACGACGCGAACGCGAACGCGACGGAUCCUUCCCCGCCCGUUACCCCGCCCGCGACAUCCCCCGCCGCGAAAGAGGCUGCCGCGAAGCUGAAAGCCGCGGAGGAGGAGGCGCUCGCCGCGGAGGCGGAGGCUGCGGCGAUCGCGAAAAAGGAGGAGGAGGAGGCGGAGCGAAAAGAAGCGGAGGAGACGUGGGCCGCCGCGGAAGCCGCCGCCGCCGCGGAGCUCGAGGCGAAGAACAAGGCCGAGGCCGAGGCCGCCGCGGCGAUGAAAGCCGCGGAGGAGAAGAAGCAGAAGGCUGAGGAAGAAGCCGCCGCCGCGAAAGCGGCGAAAGCCGAGGCGGAAGCUCAGGCUGCGAAAAUCGCGGAAGCGGACGCGGCGAAGGAAGCGGAAGCGGAGACCGCGCGCGUGACCAGGGCGCAAGCGAAGGCGAAGGCGGAAGAGGAGGCGAAGGCGGAGGCGAAGGCGGAGGCGGCGUCCGAGGCGGCGCCGGAGUCGCCGCCCGCGCCCGCGCCGGUGACGAAGUCGACGUCGAAGACGAUCCCGAAACCGCGCACGUCGGAGGAGGCGUCGUGAUCGAUCACUCCGCGGACGUCGCGCGUCGCGCGUCGACGACGAAAGUACAUUUAUUUCGUUUGUAAAGGAAUCGAAAGAUAUCGUGUACUGUAGGUUUGAUUACUAUAAGACUGAUCGAAGGAUAUCACACAGUAUC